AUGAUCAGUUUGUCGGAUAACGUGGUUAAGGCCAGUAUUAAUGGGGAAUCGGUGAAUGCUACAAAAAUUGAUUCUGAUGCGUAUCAUUGUGCGAGUGGACUGAGUGUGAAAUACGUGGAACCGGUAUGGAAAUACGUGAAACCUGUGCUAGAUUACGUGGAACCGGUACGGAAAUACGUGAAACCGGUACUAGAAUUCUUGAAACCGGUACUGGAAUAUGUGAAACCGUUACUAGAUUACGUGGAACCGGUACGGAAAUACGUGAAACCGGUGCUAAAAUACGUGGAACCGGUACGGAAAUACGUGAAACUGGUACUAGAAUACGUGGAACCGGUACGGAAAUACGUGAAACCGGUAUUGGAAUACCUGGGACUUGUAGUUCCGCCGGCGGAGAUUGCUGGGAUCAUCACUGGCGGUGUCAGUGUAGUGGUUCUCACGUCAGUCGUGGCCUUUCUCUGCUGGAGAUUCCCAUCAUGCCGUUCGCGAAGUUUCUGGGACCGCAGUCUCAAGAAAGUCAUACGGAAAAUAUACGCCCUGGAGGAACAAGGAUUGGCAAAGGGGGAGCAUCGCGCCCAAUCCAGUCCGCACUCAAACAGUUACAGAGACAAGGACUGGGACGUGACAGUGAAGGAGUUGCCAGAUUGGGAAGAAAUUAUAUGGAAUCUAACUCAGAGAAACGAAAUGAUACAAGACCCGCGUGACGUCAUCAAAGCAAAUAACAUGUCAUACAACUUCCGAAAAUGUCGAAAGAAGCCAAAGAAAGAAGAGAAGAAAAGUUUGAUCGUUGGACCUAUGCUUCGAAAACGAAGCCGAGAUGACCCGCCAUUUGUUGUUCCCCAAAUCUUUGUCGACUACGGAAGCAGACGAACGUCUUAUGCGUCUGCUUCCGAUCACGUGAUGCUUGGUGCCCUUGCCCUUGACCUUCGUCGAGGGUCGAGCAGUAGUUGUGGUAGCAGACGGACAUCACUCGCGUCGGAUUCCGACAGGCGGGGAUCGGCUAGUAGCCUCUGUAGUCGGAGGACUUCGUUUGCUUCCGACACUGAUCGGCGUGGUUCGGCCAGCAGCAUGGGGAGUCGUAGGACUUCGAUCUUUUCCGACCCGUCCGAUCGACGAGGCUCGGCGAGCAGUCGCAGUAGCAGAAAAGGAUCAGAUGGUAGCCGAAUUGACGACACCGAUGUAUCAUUCGCAGAUUUCUCCGACUCGGAACCCGUGGAUUGCGAAGACUUGUCGCGUGCCCUGGUCAGACGAAAGAUGUCCUCGAGCCGCCGCACGAGCAUCGACACCCAGGGGAUGAGCUACAGCAGCAUGAGGGAGGAGGUUAAGAAAGGGAUGCCGCCCUACAGACGGAGCCACUCCUGGGCGGAGAUCCAGAGGCCGGCCAAGGUCCUCCCACAAGAAGCACGACCACCACAGUACAACCGAGAUCAGAGGCGUUCCACGUUAUCGUCACUGGUCUACUGUUCGAUACAGGCCAUGGACCAGACAGGAGCAGUCAUCCCACCUCUCGCCAAAAAGAAACCAAAACGACCGUCAGUGGGUUUGCCGGACACGCCCGUUGCCCUCAAUGACCUGAAUCUGGACGAGAUGCAGCCGAGGUUCGCGCCGCCGAUCGAGUCAACCGGCAAACUGAAAGUCCAGCUCCAGUUCUCGCCAGACCAGGCGUCUCUUACAGUCAUCAUAGUCGAGGCCGUGAAUCUGUCUGUGCCAGGACUGCCCAAGGACGUGGAGGUGAACCCAUACGUGAAGGCGUUCCUGGUUCCAGGCAGGACGUUCAAGUACAGGACCAAAACCAUUCCCAAGACAACGGAACCACUGUUUCUAGAAAAGUUCACCAUUAAGGAAAUCAUACCGAGUGAAAUCACGGAGGAAUCGGCCAUCGAGUUCCAGGUCUACUCGUCACAUCACGUGUCGCGGCGCCACCUGGUCGGGGUCGGCUCGGUCCAGCUGAUGGAUGUCAACCAACUUCCCAGCGGCCUCUUUGAUCUCACGCUUUACCCGCAGACGGUGUACAGGCUGCACCAGGGUGACCUACGAAUAUCCGGCUGCUUCCAGCCAGUGGCCGGGAAGAUAGUCUUCAACAUACUGGAAGCCAGAAAUCUGCCCAGAGUGUCUCUUCUUGGAGCAAUAAACCCCUACGUGAAAGUGGAGAUGUUCGUGAACGGACUGCGGGAGGCGAAACACAAGACGAAGGUGCGGCAGAACACCCAGGAUCCCGUCUGGCAUCACCAAUGCGUGUUCGACAUCAACCGGGAAAACCCCAAACUGCUGGGUCACGUGUUCGUGUUCCACAUGCUGCACAAGGACAUGAUGACAGGGGUCCACAAGAUAGGACAGGUGGAUCUCGGGUGGUACUGUCACGGCGAACAGCUGGAACAUUGGUACGAAAUCAUGGAACACCCGCAUCGAUCUACAGACUACUGGCACCCGAUCAUCAAAACGGGCAAGAUUUGUUCGUGAUUUGGUUUUAUUUUGUUUUCGUUCCAGCGGAGUACAUUGAUGAACUUUACGACAAAAUUCAAACAUAUCCACCUGAAACUAAUGUUUCUACAUAUGGCACCAUCUGAAGGUUAUAUUGUAAUGGCGCUCAAAGAUGGCAACGAGUCACGUGACUAUUAAAAUAGAUACUAUUUGCUAAAAGAAAUUAUUUAUGUCAUUUAUAAUGGACAUCGAUGUAUGUUCCUAAUUUGUGGUGAUAACAAAAAUCAAAUAUGUUUAGUUAUUUCAUAAAUAUGUUGCAGAAAAGGUUGAAUGAUAUAGUUUUUGAAAGUUGGAAACAUUAAAAUAUAAUAAGCGCAAAAAUUAAAGGAAUUCUAAGUUGACUUAUAGCUCUAAUGUGGAAGGUAGUGUUCUAGUGUAUGACUAAAUUUCGUGAUUGUUCGAAGCAUUAUGAUAGGUCAACAGGUGUUUUGGUGAAAACUGACGACCUAUUUUGUUAUUAUACGUCACAGAGUUGGUCCAAACUUUGUGUUCGAUGUGACAAUCCUUGUUCCCAUAGAACUUUUGGUGCAGUAAACUUCAAACACCAACAAAGAUUAACUAUACAACCUUGACCAGCUAAAUCACCUGAUCUUUACCCAAUUGAACAUUAAAGAAAAAAAUGCAAGCCUGCAAAAUACAAUAUCGAUAACCUCGGCAUUGUUUUUCCAGAGGAAUGAGAGAAAAUCACAAGAGCGAUAAUCCUUUGUUUAGUGUCUAGCAUGCCAGUCGUGUGGCGUGGGUGUGGAGGAACACUGACAUCGACGCUAAACAAUAUUCAGUCAAAGUUUUAAUUUGAAAUUAUUGCAUUUUCAGACGAACAAUUAGAGUUCCUUUAGUUUAGCUGCUUAGUAUAAUAUAUAAAUGGAUUACAACUGGUAUUAUUAGAAAUUGUUUUUACAUUGACCGGCUUAAGUUCUAAUAUUAACAAAAACCAAAUAGUGUGGUUAUGUUUUGUUUUGUUGGGGUUUUGUUUUUGUUUUUGUUUUGGGGGUUUUUUGUAUCUUUUUUUUAAAUUACCGGUCAGUUAUGACGUAAGAUCUGUUUCUUAAAAUAAGAUUUUCUUCUUUUUUACUCUUAGAAUGAGCAAGGUUUAUUUUUCCACGUAUAUUAAACGUAUGUGAAAUACUGUUAUUUCAAUUUAUUUUCAUAAUGUACAUAAUCAUUAAAUUUUAUGAUAAUUUUCUUACAUGAGAUUUUGUAUUCUAUGAUCAUUGUUUAUAUAUUACCUAAAUCGUGCUAAUAUAUACACGUUGCCAAAACGAAUUGUAAAACACCAAACAAAAACAAAAGACAAAUAUUACGAAUACGUUGUGUUAGAUUAUUAAUAUUUAUAUUUGUGAUUUGUGAAAUGACUUCUGUGGCAAUGCUCAAUUGAACGAAUCUAAGGAAGCUAUUGUGGGUCUGUUUACAAUAAAUACUGGCAACUUAUUCAUAAUGCUUAUAUAAUUAUAAAUGAUUCAUUUCAAUAUUAGAUAUGUUUCUAUUCAUUCAUUUAUUGCAAUUUAUUUUCGUACUUAUAUCCAGUUACGGUUCAAGCACGCUAUCAUGGAUACACAUCUGAACUAUAUGGGGUAUAUGUCCAUGAAAAUCACUGUGGGUUAGUGGUUAGUGAGAGAUAAAUCAGUGCAGUGGCCUUAAACUUACCCACUGGGUCGUUAAACUCGUUCUGAGUAUGAGGCAGUUCCAAGAUGCGAACCCAGUACCUGUCAGCCUGAAGUCAAAUGACUUAACUACUACAACACCGACGUUGUUAAUAAUAAUAUUAUUAUUAUCAAUUCGGAAUCCGUGCAUGAAUAAAAAAAAUAUAUCGUCUGUUAUUCACCGGUACAGAAUCGAUAACAAGUUAAUUUUGAAGUUUUCAAUUCAUUUUCCAGUUUUUCAUGUUAACGGACUAUUUACUUGUAUUUCCGUUUAGUUCAUGUCUGUCAAAAACCAAUGUGGUCGAUUAAACAUAACAAAUGGUAUGUAGUACGGCAUAAUGCCAUUUCCUUAUCAGAACUUAUUGCUGUUUGGCAUGUCAAUUAUAAUAGUAGGCCCAUAUAAAUCAAGACUUCUAUUUUAAUGGCCGUUAGAUACCAUUUAUUUUACAACGAGCUCAAAGCGAGAUGGAUACGUUUUAAAGCAAUGAGUUGUAAGAUAAAUGGUAUCUAACUGGAAUGAAUAUCGUAUUCUAUUUUUAUAUAUUCUAAAAAAAAAACAGGUUUAAAAUAAAUGUAAACGUC